UUGUUCCCUUCUUCUAAAACCCUCGUGGUCUCGAGAACCCUAGAUUGAAUCACACAGUGGAUAGAGAGCGGGAAGAUGUCGUCCACGCUGUUAGAGCUGACUAGAGCAGCUCACGAGGAAACUGAGAAAUUGGAGAGACUGAUAGUGAAGGAUCUACAGAAUGUACCGGCGUCGAACAAGGAUCGCCUCUCGCAAAGCCACCGUGUGCGCCAUAUGAUCGACCAAAUCACCUCCACUACUCACAAACUUAUUGAAAUAUAUGAAGACAAAGACAAUGCUAGGAAGGAUGAAAUCGCAGCCCUUGGUGGACAAACUGCAUCUGGGACUAAUGUUUUUAGUGCAUUUUAUGAUCGAUUGAAAGAGAUUCGGGAGUAUCACAGACGCCAUCCAUCAGCACGUGUCAUUGACACCACUGAUGAGUAUGAGGAAUUACUUCAAGAGGAACCACAACUUGAGUUCAGUGGAGAGGAAGCCUAUGGACGCUACCUAGAUAUGCAUGAGUUGUACAAUGACUACAUCAAUUCCAAGUUUGGAAAGCAACUUGAUUAUUCUUCAUACCUUGAAGUGUUUUCACAACCACAUACAAUCCCCCGGAAACUGAAAAUGACAAGGCAAUAUAGAGAGUAUUUGAGCAAAAUGAUGGAAUAUCUAGUGUAUUUCUUUGAGCGUACAGAGCCCCUGCAAGAUCUUGAUAGAUUAUUCUCAAAGGUUUCAGCAGAGUUUGAAGAGCAAUGGGCAAAUGGGAAAGUAGAUGGAUGGAAGAAUGAAGGUCAAGAAAAUGGACAUGUUUCUGAUGAACAUACUUCCAUUGAUCUUGACUACUAUAGUACAGUUGAAGAGCUUGUUGAACUUGGUCCUGAAAAAUUAAAGGAGGCAUUAGCUGCACUUGGAUUAAAGACAGGAGGCACUGUUCAACAACGUGCAGAAAGACUUUUCCUCACAAAGAAUACGCCUCUUGAAAAGCUUGAUAAGAAGCAUUUUGCAAAAGGUUCAAGAAAGCCUCAACAGAAUGGUGGUGUUGCUGUUUCAAAUCAAGAAGAUGAUUCAAAAAACAUUGCUCUAAUGGAAGCCAAGAUAGAGAAGCUAUGCGAGAUUUUGUCAGAGACAAUCAUGCGAACAAAAGAGAAUGUUGAGAAGAAACAGGCUUUGACUUAUGAGGAAAUGGAAGCUGAAAGAGAGGAUGAGGAAGUACCUGAUAUUGAGAGUGAUGAUGAGGAUCAACAAAUAUAUAAUCCUUUAAAGUUGCCAAUGGGUUGGGAUGGAAAGCCUAUACCAUACUGGCUAUAUAAGCUUCAUGGCCUUGGACAGGAAUUCAAAUGUGAGAUAUGUGGAAACUAUAGCUAUUGGGGAAGAAGAGCAUACGAGAGGCAUUUCAAGGAAUUUAGACAUCAAUAUGGCAUGCGUCGCCUUGGUAUUCCAAAUACCAAAAACUUCAAUGAAAUCACAUCAAUCGAGGAAGCGCAAAUAUUAUGGGAGAGAAUAAAAGAGAAGCAAGGGGUGAACAAAUGGAGACCAGAGCUUGAGGAGGAAUAUGAAGACAGAGAGGGGAAUAUUUACAAUAAAAAGACAUACACUGAUCUUCAACGUCAAGGCUUGAUUUGAUAUAGAGAAAGCAAUUCCAGUGAUUUUGUGAGGGUGUGAUGUGAAGUUUGUAUUAAUGAAGGGGCAUAAAGGAAAGAGAUUUUGAUCGGAAUUUUCUGAAUGAUGUUAUGUAUGACCAUGAGUUUACUUGUUUUUUUUUUUGUGAUACUUUGUAGUCAAAUUCUAGUUUUUAGAUAUUUAUACAUACAAGUAAACCAGCCUCUUCUCAAUCUAUUUGAUAAUUUUCAUGCA